CGGCGGCGCCGCCGCCCCCGACGGCGUGGAGCCGCGGCGCCACGGUGCGGCGGGGCCACGGCCUGCCGACCGGGGAGGCCGCCGCAGCCAACGACGGCAGCGGCUACCUCGACCUGCCGCUGGGGCGCUUCGAGCGGCUCGGGAGCGCCACCCCCGCGGAGGGCCCGCCCACGCGCCCCGGCAGCCCGCGCACGCGCCAGGGCAGCCCACGCACGCGACAAGGCAGCCCGCGCACGCGCCAGGGCAGCCCGCGCACGUCGCCGUGCACGCCGGUGAGCAGCCCGCGCGGUGGGGGCGCCGCCGCUCCCGGCCACACGGCGCACCAGUCCCUGCGCUCGCGCGGGGUCGCGCAGGGGCUCGCUCGGCUGCCGCGCGCGGGCCACGGCAGCGCCGUGCGGCAGACGAGCAGCGACGGGUGGUCGGUCUCGAGCGACGACGUGCCGCGCCCGCUGAGGCCCGCGCCGCGCGCGCGGAUCGGCGCCCUGUGCGUGUGACGCCGCGGCGUCGCGGCGCUUUUCCGCCGCGCCCGCUGAGAA